GGUGUGCCUGUCUGGCGUAUCGAUUACAAAAACGCUCUUAUUUACCUUCCAACGCUCAUUGAUGCGGAUGUUGGCACAUAUGUGAAGUUUAGCGACACGAUCAACACAAAGGGCUACACUCUGUGGAACGAACACCGGGGGCUUCCCGCAUUUCCAACUUUCAUUCCUUCUGAGGAGGAGGAUCUGUCAAAGCUGUCAACGGACGAGUGCCAACUUAUGAGCCCCCCGCUGUACAUGUACUUCCGGGAUGAAUUUGCGGCGUCGCAGUUGGUUUCUCAGGCGGAUGUGGAAGACGCCAAGAGUGCCAGGCCGACGACAGCAGCUCCAAAGAAAAAGGUGUACGAUAUGAAAAAGUACUUUGAGGCGCGUAAAAAGUAUCGACAGAACCUGCAGAAGGCAAGAAAAGUAAAGCUCAUGAGUCUGCGAACCAGGGCGCACGAGAAGCAGGAAGAGGCGCGUCGUGCGAAGAUUUUGAAAUACAAGCGUGUCAAGUAG